GCAAAAUCUCGCAUCGUCUCGGUGCGCCUCAUCUCCAUGGCCAUGACGGGCUUUUUCUACCAGUUCCGGCGUCCGCGUACCUCGCCGCCAAUGAGCAUGCUCAAAUACGACCCCGUCGUACGCAGGAAAGUGCUCUUCCUGGAAGCGAAACGACGA